UUGGUUGUUACGUGGCGUGGCAAUCGAAUCACAAUAAUAAUAAUAAUAACAAUUUUAACUACACGGAGUAUUCAUGAUCUAUAAAACUGAUGUGCGCAAUGUGCACUCGGUCACUUUGCCGAAGUAUCUUGUGAAGUUCAUACCUGGCGCUAAACUAAACAAACCACGUGUUAAUAAAAUAUUAAUAAUUAAAAAAAAAAGCUUUAUUUUACCCAAUUGACUGCAGUUACAACCGAUACAAUUAUUAUUUUAUAAACAAUAACGACAAGAAUAAUUAAUAAUUAUUUAAUUUAAAUUAGUAAAUUGAGUAUUUAAAAACCAAUAAAAGGUUUAACAAAAAAAAAGAAUCUGUGUGAUAAUAUAGUUAAAUAAAUAUAAUGGAUAAUAAUAAAGCUGGUCAAGAGAAAUCUGCAGACAUCGAACUUCCAGAUGAUGGUCUAUCAGCUGCUAAAUUAUUUUCAGCCGGCGAAGGGCUAACGUACAAUGAUUUUAUAAUUCUGCCUGGUUAUAUUGACUUUGUUGCUGAUCAAGUUGAUCUGGUGUCUCCGUUGACGAAGAAAAUUACGCUGAAAGUGCCGUUGGUGUCGUCGCCGAUGGACACAGUUACGGAGUCAGACAUGGCCAUUGCGAUGGCACUGUCUGGUGGGAUAGGAAUCAUUCAUCAUAAUUGCACUCCUGAGUACCAGGCUUCAGAAGUCCACAAGGUAAAAAAAUACAAGCACGGAUUUAUUCGGGACCCGGUGGUUUUUUCACCGAAUCACACGGUGAGAGACGUGCUGAAUGUUAAAGCCGAACACGGUUUUUGCGGUGUGCCCAUCACAGAAAGCGGUAAAAUUGGUGGCAAAUUAGUUGGUAUUGUUACGUCUCGAGAUAUUGAUUUCUUGGAGGAUUCACCUAGCCAGCAAAAUUUAAAACUUGAGACAAUAAUGACCAAACUAGAAAAUCUUGUAACUGCAAAAUCAGGUGUGACGUUGCAAGAGGCAAAUUUAAUUUUGGAAAAGUCUAAAAAAGGUAAAUUGCCAAUUGUGAAUGAUAAAGGCGAGCUGGUGUCCUUGAUGGCGCGAACUGAUUUAAAGAAGAACCGUAGUUACCCAAAUGCCAGCAAAGAUGAGAACAAACAGCUACUGGUUGGCGCGGCUAUUGGGACAAGAAGCACUGAUCGGGAGCGGCUUAAAUUAUUAGCGGCUGCAGGUGUUGAUGUGAUUGUUCUUGAUUCAUCUCAGGGUAAUUCAGUCUUUCAAAUAGAAAUGAUUAAAUACAUAAAAGCAGAGUAUCCAGAGCUACAAAUAGUUGCGGGUAAUGUUGUUACAACGAUGCAGGCGAAAAGUUUAAUUGAAGCUGGCGCUGACGGACUUCGUGUUGGUAUGGGAUGCGGAUCUAUUUGCAUUACUCAGGAAGUUAUGGCUGUUGGACGCCCACAAGCUACUGCUGUUUAUAAAGUCAGUGAGUACGCUCGUAAAUUUGGUGUCCCAGUAAUUGCUGACGGUGGAAUCCAAUCUCUUGGACACAUCAUCAAAGCACUCAGUCUCGGAGCAAGUACAGUGAUGAUGGGAUCAUUAUUGGCUGGAACUUCAGAAGCACCUGGUGAGUACUUCUUCAGUGACGGUGUCCGCUUGAAAAAAUACCGCGGCAUGGGAUCCCUCGAGGCCAUGAAUAAGAAAGACGCAAAAGGAUCAGCAAUGGAUCGUUAUUUCCACAAUGAAAUGGAUAAAAUGAAGGUCGCUCAAGGUGUCAGUGGAUCCAUCGUCGAUAAAGGCAGUGUUUUAAAAUUCUUGCCGUAUUUGCAAUGUGGUAUAAAACAUGGAUGUCAAGAUAUCGGGGCCAAAUCCCUUUCAAUUCUUCGAUCAUUAACAUACAGCGGAGAACUUAAAUUCGAGAGAAGGACACCUUCGGCACAGCAAGAAGGCAACGUACAUGGUCUCUUUUCCUACGAAAAAAGACUUUAUUAAUUCAAAUAACUUCUUUUUUUUAAUCCAUCAGUACCUGUCUCUGUUCCACUCUAGUCUGGAACUAGAAUAUCAUCUAAUAAAUCUUAUUACAUUCUGAAAAUUAAUAAAUUUUCACGCGGGUAUUUUAGCAUACAUUACAUAAUUUACUUUAGCGUCGAUACAAUAUAUACAAUUCAUAUAAGACCUUAAUAAUUUUCACGUGAAUAUUUUAACAUACAUAACAUUAUAUAAUUUUCUUUAGAAUCUAUACAAUUUAUAUAAGGCCUUAUAAAUCAAUUUUAGUAUUGCUUCCACUCUUCACUAUCAAUCGACAACCGUCUAAUCCAUUUUGUGAUAAACUUUUACCAGACUUUUCUCUAUAACGAUUAAUUUAUAUAAAAAAAAAAUAAUGACUAUUGCAGACGAAACAUUUUUUUAAACCCAAUCAAUGUAUACAUAUAUAUAUAUAUAAUGUAUUUCUUGGCUCAAUAAUUUUUUUCUCGCUUAAAAAAUUCUUUCUUGCUUCAAAAAAAUUUUUCUCGCCCGAAGAAAAAAAUUUUUUUGAGGCAAGAAAUUAUUUUUCUGUGUAUAUACACAAAGAAAGUAUGACAUUAAUUGCCAAAUGACACGGGAUUAUUACAAUCAUUGUUCAAUCAAUGAAGAUAAUUGAUAAUUAUAUACUUAAAAAAUAUUUUUAUAGAUAAAAUUUAGUUUGCCAUAAUAUUUUGAAACAAUCACUAUCCUAUAAACAUUUUUUUUAUUAUUUCAUUAUAUAUAUACAAUUUCUUAACUUUUUUCGAACUUCCAGAUAAAUCAGCCUUUAUUUUUUAUCAUCUUUACAAAUAACAAUGAAAAAGGGUUUAUUUUUAAUUUAUAAAAUCAAUAAAUUAAUUAAUUUUUAGUUAUAUUUUUAAAAUUUGUAAGGAAUUUUUAUUCCGAUUUAUUCUACAUUAGAAAAAUUUGUAAAUUUAAAUAAAAUUAUAAUUCAUACCUCAA